UACGACUUUCGACCCACGGAGUAUCUAACCUACAGAAAAAUGUCAGAAAACAGACGUAAAUUAAGACUGAAUAGACUAUCCGGUAGUGAAACGAACGAUAUUGAAGACAUAUCAAGCCAAAGUUUUGCAGGUGACUCGGGUGACCGUUCACGUAGAUCACACAAGGAAAGAAGGUUAUCGUCAAGAUCAUUAAAGAUAACAAGAGAAAAACACUAUGAUUCGGAAGAUUAUUUUUCUGAUACAAGGCACAGAAAAGAAAUCCGCAAUAAAAAAAAAGCAAAAUCUACUUCAAAGGAAAGCGUACAAGAAAUUUUGUCAGAAGUAGAUGACGAUAAAGACGACGAUACCUUAGAUCAUAAGAAAAGUAAGAAACGUCAAAAAUCGAAGAAGAGAAACGGGGACCAUUCGAAUGAUAGUACAGGUGAAAGAGAUUCUUCAUCAGUCAGAAAGGACAGUGAGAAAAGUCGAAGAAAAAAAUACCACGAACGAGACAGAAAAGAUGAACUACCGAUAACUGAAAUAUUGAAAAAAGCACAAGAACAGCGAACAAAAUAUGAAGAACCAGCUCCGUUGCCUGAAUUGACGACCGAUACCAUAUAUGUACAAGGAAAGCAUGGUUUCAGUGCUAUGAAAAUUGGCAGCAGUGGGAAAACAUCACGCAGAAGUUUCGAUGUUUCGCCAAAACCAUUGUGUACCCGACCCAUAAACGUAGCGAUAGCUUUUCAAAAGUUAUGGCGUUCCAUUGGUUUAAUCUUUCAAGGUCUGUUUGGUGGAUUGGCUCUGUUACACUUUAUAUUUAUGCGAAUAUACUUCAAUGACUCGGAAGAAUUUGUUAAUAAUUACUCCGUCAUGUCAGAAAUUUACAGCAGCACGUACUCAUUUCUCAUUACAUUGUGCAUUAUUACGACAUUUGAUAAAUUUGACAUAGCUCGUGCUGGACUUGAUCAUUUACGCGAAAUUUUUAAACAUCAUUUGACUUCCAUUUUGGCUGUUCCAUUGUAUCUUGCAGCAUUUUCUAUACAUGAAGUAACAACCAAAGUUGAAGACAAAUUGACGUUACUCCAUUAUAAUGGGAGUAAUGUAACGUAUUAUUCGUUUAGCAAUAUAAAUGUAAAGUUUAACGAGCUGAAGACCUGGCAAAGGAUGACGUUGUCAAAGGAUGCGUUGGCUGUAUUAGGUUGGGUCUUUGUUUCUAUAGACAAUCACAAGAACAUGCUAUUGUCUCAUCUCGAUACCAUGGGCAGUUAUGUCGAGAAUCCUUCUAUGUAAUCGAGAGAAUAUGCGUUGUUCUGAGAUGAUUAGGCUUGUGAGACAGAGACAAGUUUAAAUCAUAUUUACAUUGU